CGAGGUUUCCUCUCCUUAAAAGUAAAGUCACAAUCAUCAUAACUCACCCAAAACCUUUCAAUCUCCUCCUCCGAUAAGCAACAGCAGCCAUGGCAGCUCUGCAAUACCUAGAAUCUCAACGUAGUGCUCAGCCAGAACUUGCUGAAUGGUAUACCAGUUUGAUUGAUUUGUAUCAGAAGAAGUUAUGGCAUCAACUUACUCUUAAGCUUGAUCAGUUCGUCGCUCUUGCCGUCUUUCAGGCGGGUGAUACUUUGAUACAGUUGUAUCACAAUUUCAUCACUGAGUUCGAGACUAAGAUCAAUCUUCUCAAGCUUGCCCAUUUUGCUGUUAUAGUGUCUCGGCAGUAUGCAGAAAAAGAAGCUUCCAUUGGUUAUCUUGAGGGAAUUAUUGAGAAGCUGCGCGCAACCAGAGAAACACGUAUAGAGGAGCCUAUUCUCUACAUAAAGAUGCAGAUUGCUGCCUUCAGACUUGAGAAAGGAGAGCAAAAGGAGUGCAAGAAUCUUUUGGAUGACGGGAAAACUACACUCGAUAGCAUGACUGAUAUAGACCCCUCUGUUUAUGCAAGCUACUACUGGGUUUCAUCUCAGUAUCAUAAGUCACGUCAGGAAUUUGCUGAGUUUUAUAACAGUGGUCUUCUUUAUUUAGCGUACACUCCCGUGGAGUCCCUCUCUGAAACAUUCAAGCUGGACCUGGCAUUCGACUUAUCCCUUGCUGCCUUGCUUGGUGAUAACAUAUAUAAUUUUGGGGAGCUGCUUGCACACCCCAUAAUAAAAAGCCUUUUGGGUACUAAGGUGGAAUGGCUAUACUAUCUCCUUCAAGCCUUCAACUCUGGUGAUUUAGUUCGAUAUCAAGAACUGUGUGCUGUCCACAAGGCUGCUUUGAACGCUCAACCUGCAUUGGUACAAAACGAGAAGAAGCUACUGGAAAAGAUUAACAUUCUUUGCUUGAUGGAAAUCAUUUUCAGCCGCCCCGCAGAGGAUCGAACAAUUCCAUUGAGCAUUAUUGCUGAGCGCACUAAACUUUCUGUGGAGGAUGUGGAGCUUCUUCUCAUGAAGAGCUUAUCUGUUCAUCUCAUUGAAGGAAUAAUCGAUCAAGUGGAGGCAACGGUUCAUGUCUCAUGGGUGCAGCCGAGAGUACUGGGUAUCACCCAGAUCGAAUCCUUGAGGGCUAGGUUGGACAGUUGGGUAGGCAAAGUGCACGAAGCUUUAAAAUCAGUGGAGGCCGAAACACCUGAUCUUGUUGCAUCUUGAAUUGAUUUUUGUUUGUUAAAAUUUCUCUCUUUCCAAUGACCUGUGUAACAAUCUUAAGAUAUAUCUUGAAAGUGAAGGAAAGAGUCCUCCCCUGAGUCCUGACUAUGGAGUCUGAAGGAUGACUUCCUCUUUUGGCCUCUUUUGGUUCUUUCUUGUUCUGGAAGGUGGUAGCCAUUGGUUUUUAAUUAGAAUCUCAACAACAGCAUUUGGAUAUAUUGUGAGCUAAGCAUCAAACAGCGUCAUGUUGUAGUGCAGUUAGUUUUCCUUGAUAUAUCUUCAGAAAGUGUGCUUUGUGUUACAAUGAGAAAUUGAUUCAGUGUGCGGACCCAAUGCCUUAGUAUCUAAAGGGGUGUUCCCAUGCUGGGUAGAUAAGGGCAAGGGGGAAAAAAUGCUCCAGUGCCGUUUUUUAGCUGUCUGUGGCUGGGAGUUGGAGGCUGUAUGUCUUGUGUGCGUUGUUGUUUAGGUUUACUUUAGGCCUUAAAUCUUUUCCUUUUUGAUGCACUUGUUCGGUGUUUUUCCCUAUGUAGCUCUCUUUUUUCCUUGAACAAUAUCUGAACUUUCAUAAAUACAUUCCAUUUCAUGAAA